AUGCUCUGUGUCGGCGGCAGCCGAGCUCUGUGGAGGAUGUCGGUGGGGAUGGUAGCGAUGCGGGCAGCAUCGACGAAUGGUGGUGAUCGAUCGACGGGACGGUACGCCGGCCGUGCGUCGACGGUGUCGUCGUUGCGGCCAGGCCACGGUGACCGAGCGCACGACCUGGGCCGUUUGCAGGAGGAGAGGCCGCGACGACCGAAGAAGCCGCACUACGCGACGCCGCAGGGCCUGGCAUCGGCGGUGCUUGCGGGAGUGAUGGCCGACCCGGGGGGCCAGGGUCGACCGGAGGCUGUUUUGCUCGUGCCAGCACUGCCGCCAGCGACUGCGUAUACGGCCAUGGGCCGCGACGUGGUGCCGCCGCGCACGAUGGCGAUGCGGCCGCUGCCAUCGGGUGUCAAGACGGCGAUGACGACGGCCGACGGCAGGAAGCGUGUCGAGAGCAGCGCCGGGCUGCGCGUGCGCUACGGCCAGCAGCACGUGCUGCACCCGUGGUCGAUGCGGUACCUAGAGGCGACGGAGGGCGGCGGCAGCAGCAGCAGCAGCAGCCACCAGCACCACCACCUGCCACACUGCCUGGCCGAGCUCACACGGCGGCGGUAUGCGGCCAAGAACGCGGGCGAGACGCUGUGGUGGUUUGUGCUGGUGCACACGGACGGCGACCUGCCGAUCAAGAGUGCGUUUGUGCGGCUGGCCAUGCGGCGACGGGUGCAGCGGGCGUUCCGGGAGGCACUCCGACGGCGGGGAUACGAUCAGACGGGACGCAGACAGACUGGGACAGAAACGACGGAAAAGGCCACACAUAGCCUCAACGGCACCGUCCGCAUCGAGGGCAUGGUGCGACCACUGCUCAAGACCGCGUUCGAGCCGCUAGUCACACACCUCGAACGGAUCGUCGGCACGCUGGAACGGGUGCUCGGAGGGGCAAAGACAGGCAGCAAGGACUUCCGGGGCUUCAACGGUGGCCAUAAUGGCCAUCAUGGUGGUGGCUACAACAAUACCUCCAGAAACAGCCCCAUCAUCGUCAGAAACACAAGACCUGUCCGCCAGCAGACACACAUAUGA